AUUUGUGAUGAGCAAUAAAAAACCUUAAUUUUCAAAAAAAACUUUACAGCUAGCUCAAAAAUAUGCUAAGUAACUAAGCUAAAAGGAUGUAAUAGAACUAAAAAGCGAUGAUGAUAACGAUGUAAUUUUUUUUUCAUAUAGCUAGAUUAAAUCAGAUGAUGAAGAACUUAAUAUCAAAGAUGAUCAAAAUGAAUAAAACUCUGGUUAAUAAGAAGACGAAUAAUUUGAAGAAUAAUAAGGUGAAGAUGAGGAGAAUAAUGUUGAUGAAGAGGAUGAAAAUGAUGAAGAUUAAGAUGAUGAAUAAAAUGAAGAAGAUGAUGAAUAAAAUGGAGAUUAAGAAGAAGAAAAUCAGGAUGAAUAAGAAAUAGUUGAAUAAAAGGAAGAACCAAAAAAACAAAAGAAAAUAAAAAUAUAGUAAUAAGUAGAAGAAGAGUAAGAGUAAGAAGAUGAAUAAAAUGAGCUAGAAUCUUAUUAAGAAGAAGAGUAGCAAAAUGAUUAAUUAUUCGAAACUGAUCUAAAUGCUAUCAUGAAUAGAAUUAAUAAGAUUAUCGAAAUACUAAAAUAAAAAGAGUACGGAAAAUUCAGUAGAGAAGAAUUGCUUAAUGAAUUAAAGAAACAUCUAUGCACAUAUUAUGGAUAUAAUUCAGAUUUGAUGUCACACUUUACAUCAAUGUUCAAACCAGCUGAAUUAGUAGCUUUCUUAGAUGCUAAUGAUGCUCCAAGACCAAUAACUAUUAGAGUUAACACCUUAAGAACAAGAAGAAAAGAAUUAGCCUAAACCCUAGUCUAAAGAGGAGUAAAUUUAGACUCUGUUGGAGAUUGGACUAAAGUAGGUCUAGUUAUUUAUGAAUCUAAAGUUCCAAUUGGAGCAACGCCAGAAUAUUUAUCUGGUCAUUACAUGCUUUAAAGUGCUUCAUCAUUCCUUCCAGUUUUGGCUUUAGCUCCAUAGAUGAAUGAACGUAUUCUCGAUAUGGCUGCUGCUCCAGGAGGAAAGACUACAUACAUAGCAUAAUUAAUGAAAAACUCAGGAGUUAUUUUUGCUAAUGAUACCAGCAAAGAUAGAGAAAAGGCCUUGUUCUAUAACUUAUAAAGAAUGGGAGUAACCAAUUGCAUAGUCACAAAUUAUGAUGGUCGUAAAUUUCCCAAAGUUAUGAAAAAUUUUGAUAGAGUUUUGUUAGAUGCCCCAUGCACAGGAUUAGGAAUUAUAUCUAAGGAUCCAUCUAUCAAAGCAUAAAAGUAGAUGAGGGAUAUUUUAAAACAUUCUCAUUUAUAAAAAGAAUUAAUAUUAUCAGCUAUCGAUUGUUGUAAGAAAGGUGGAAUAAUAGUUUAUUCAACUUGUUCAGUUAGUGUACAUGAAAAUGAGGUUGUACUAUAAUAUGCUUUGAAUAACCGUCAUGUAAAAUUGAUUGAUACAGGUUUGGAAGUUGGAAAUCCAGGACUAUUGAAAUUUGAUGAUAAAAAAUUUCAUCCUUCUAUGAAUUUGGCAAGUAAGGAAAUAUAUAUUAAAUUUAGGACGUAUAUAUCCUCAUGUUCAUAAUAUGGAUGGAUUCUUCUAUGCAAAAUUGAAGAAAAUUAAUCAUGGCCCAAUUAAAGAGGAAGUUAAGAGUGAAGUCUAAAAACCAGUGGUAAUGACAAAAAAGAUGAAGAAAAAGGAGAAAUAAAUGGAGAAAUUAAGAUUGGGAGAAGCCAGAAAAUAGUAAUAAUAACAACAGCAAUAAUGA